AUGGAGGGUCAAAUGAGGUGCUGCGGCUGGCUAGCGACCCUCCUGUUGCUUGCUAUGUCAAUGCCCCACGCGAAAGCGCAAGAUCUACCGAGCCAGCCCCCCGUCUCAGUUGUCAGCAGCGGGGGCGGUCUCAGCACAAACUUGAUCAUCAUGAUCAUCGUGUGCGCGGGGGGGGGCAUCAUCAUUAUUGGCGCUCUGGGGGGGCUGUUCUUAGUGUGCUCCCGGAGAAGGGGGGAGCUGAAGGGGGACACCGAAGCCCCCCCCAUCGUCAAGAGCAACCAUGUGGCGCCUGAUUGGCAUGCCGCAAUGGACCCAUACAACGCCCAAAACGACCAGGAAUACGUGGCCAAGAUUUUCAGCUACAAGGAGCUACAGCUGGCCACCCGCGACUUCAGCCCCAAGCAUCUAGUUGGCGAGGGCGGCUUCGGGCGCGUGUACUACGCAAAACUUUCGGACGGGCGUGUGGCGGCCGUGAAGCGACUGGACAGAGCAGGGCGGCAAGGCGAGAAGGAAUUCCGGGUCGAGGUCGAUUUGCUGAGCCGGUUGGCGUCCCCUUUUCUGCUGAGCCUGUGGGGGUACUGUGCGGAUGGCGAGCACCGAGUGCUGGUCUACGGCUUCAUGCCCAACGGGAGCCUUCAAGAGCAUCUUUUCACGGACGGCCGACCUGGGAGCCCUCAGCCGCUCGACUGGGCUGCGAGACUGCAGAUUGCGCUCGACGCCGCGCGGGGUCUGGAGUAUCUCCACGAAGUGGCGCAACCGACGGUCAUCCACCGGGACUUCAAGUCGAGCAACGUGCUGCUGGACUUCAACUACAGGGCCAAGGUGUCCGACUUCGGCCUCGCGAAGCUGAGCCCGGAUAAAGGGGAAUACGUCAGCACACGUGUGCUGGGCACACAAGGCUACGUCGCGCCCGAGUACGCCCUCACCGGCCAUCUGACGACCAAGAGUGACGUGUACAGUUACGGGGUUGUCCUGCUGGAGCUUAUCACCGGGCGGCCCCCAGUAGAUCCCCGGCGCAAGUCGGGCGAGAUUGUCCUGGUUCCGUGGGUGAUGCCCAUGCUCGUCGACCGACACCGGCUGCAAGAGAUCGUGGACCCGCGUUUGGACGGCCAGUACUCCAACAAAGACUUAACCCAGCUGGCGGCAAUUGCCGCGAUGUGCGUGCAAGGCCAAGCGGACUACCGACCGCUAAUGCGCGACGUGGUGCAGUCUCUGCUGCCCCUGGUGAUGAAUUCGGUUAGGUCGAGCUCCGGGGGGGGCAGCGGGGGCAGCGCGGGGGAGCGGAGGAAAAACAAUGAGGAGCUGUUCCUCGCCCACAUGGCCGAGGCCGAAGUCCGCAAGCAGGACCCGCAGCAAGUCAAUUCGGAGCACUUUGAGAGCCGCGAGUUCACGUCGCAAGAGUUCCAGCACGCGGUGGAGGCCCGUUAUCCGGGCUCCAUCAAGGGCAGGCCCGAUUCGGCCAAUCGAGAAUCAGCCCCUCCCGCGGGGGAGAACGAGGAUCACGUGUCAACUGGAGAUGCGUCCGAGGGGCGCUCGGAGCCCGGGGGAUCCCCCCGGGGAACCGACUUCUACGACGCCCUCAGCCGUCAGCCCUCAGGGAACGGCUCUGAGAAUUUCUCACCGGGUGGAAGAGAGCAACCGGGGGAGGACUCCGAGGCAGAGGAGCGCAGCAAGGCGCUGGUGCACGACGGGUGGAAAUCGACGCCUUCUGGCCAGGUUUACGUCAGCCGUGACUAUGACAGCAGCGAUCUGGAGAGCCAGUACGUCCAUCCCGGCUUCGACGUUGGAGCGCUCGCGGCCACCGACAGCUACAGCCGGGGGCCGAUUUACACUCCCGAAGGGCCGAUUUACUCUCCGCUAGGACCGAGUAACUCUCGCGAGGGGCGCACUUACCCCGUCGAGCAAAUAAUCCACAAUACCCGUAAGCCAGUCUUUCACCCCCAGGAGCCAAUUAACACUGCCCCGGAGCCAGCUCAGGAGCGUAUCUACGCCGCCAAGGAGCCGGUUAACACCGCGGACCGUUACGAGUUCGAACGGGGCCGUUUCAGCACCCCCCGGCGGGCCGGCAAUCGCACGCCCGACAGGGGGCCCGUCAAUUCUCGCGGGAGGGGGGGGAGUUACACCCCCGAAAGGCUGGGCGGGCGGGGCCCCCCCCGGCGGUUCUCCCCGGGCCGACCCCCCCGCCCACCAUCCGGUGAAGUGCACGAAAUCGAAGAGUUUGAAAAAAUCUCAGUACGGGGUAACGGCGAGUUACGGGAUCAUUUGGACGGGGUUAAGCGAACCCCGGCGGGCGAGGUUUACGUGAGCCGGGAUUAUGACAGUGGGGAGGUCAGGCGGUCGGUAGAAAGGCACUGGGACAAGGUGGAGAGUUCGCGGGAGGGGCUGUUGCCCCCGGGGCAAUCUACCGGGCGGGGUUGAGGAUUUCAAUCACUUUUGGAGCUAAGACCAGGGCUAAAACUCUGUGACGGAGCACCCAAAGACUCGUGUUGUGGGCUAAUCCAUUUGUUUUCAAGGUCGGUUCUGGAUCUAACAAAGUGGCACCUUCAUUUGUUUUUGGUGGGGACAAACGGCUCAUUCUGGACGACUGCUGGAGAUCGGAAAGUUUGAUUGCGGUGAGGACGCGACGGGGCCUUCGAGUUUGAAAACGGAGGAGUUGAUAGAGCGAUUACUUUCGCAGAGCACCCGGGAUAAGUAUGACUAACCACGAUUGGUCAGGACUAACUAAGUUUUGAGGGGCGUACAUAUAGGUCGUGUUGGGGAUGAUGAUGGACGUCGGGCGGCUAAAAAAUAACGCGCGAUACGCUGAUGAGCUGGAGAAAGUGAGCUGGCAGCAAACGGCUCCUUGGAUAUUUUCUUAGUAGCGUCUAUAGUUGCAGGCUGUCUAAGCAAAUGCAUUGAGCAUGGCAAGCUCCGCCAUAAUCGUUGUAGACUUCAUUUAUUGGACGACGGUCAAGCAUGCAGGUAUGGUCCGAUCACGUCGAUCCGACCGUUGUAGGGUUAAGAAAGUCUGUAAUCUAACGUACGUUUCAGUCUUUAUUUAUAGUCUCGUUUUGCAAAGUCUCUGCCAGUGCGGCCAUAGGCGGGCUACGCAUACCUGGAAAACGUUCAAGUCGAGAAGUCGGCUUCAAUAGGGUCAACCUUUAGGGGCGAAGUUUUCGGUCGGAUCAAAGUUCAUACACGGGGAGUUUCUUGCAUCUCUCCAUAAGGCUGUGAUUAACAUGAGAUCGAGUGAGGCGACUGAAAGGGGUAACGAGUUUUGUUGUGAUCCCGAUCGCAGUUUUGGG